AUGGACAUUCAAGCACAUCUGAACCCAGCAAAGCUAUUCUCGGCUGAAGGACUAGUCGUAGUCAUCACGGGCGGCGGCAGCGGUAUCGGUAUCGCUAUUGCCUCAGCACUCUACCAAAAUGGCGCUCAAAAAAUCUAUCUCAUUGGCCGUCGACUGAACGUACUGGAAGAAGCAAUCAAAACUCUUGAAUCAUCUACCUCGGCACCCAAAACAUCAUCACCUGUUCUCGUCCCCAUUUCCUGUGAUGUAACUGAUCAAUCAUCCGUCGCGGAGGUCGUAUCCCAGAUCGAAAAAGAAUCUGGCUAUGUCGAUGUUCUGAUCAACAACGCUGGCGUCAUUGGUCCCGCUACCAACCUGUACAAGCCUACGUCCAUCGCCGAGCUCAGGGACACGAUGCUGCAAGGCAUGGCCUCGAAUGAAUGGGAGACCACCAUGAAAAUCAACACACAGGCCGUCGUUAGCGUGAGUGCUACGUUUCUUCCUCUCCUGGAAGCCGCGAAUACUCGCCGUGGCUGGUCCCCUGGCAAAGUCACAGGCGAUGGCAAUCCACGUAAACGCGAUACCUCGAACCUUCCAGAGGGCGUCGAUGGCGAUGAUGAUCGUCUCGCUCAAAUCAUCACUGUGGCCUCUGUGGCAUCCUUCAUGCGGUACUGCACUGCGGGUCUUGCGUACAAUGCGAGCAAGUCUGCCGCUGCGCAACUCGGGAAGAUCAUGGCUACGUUCCUGAGCGAGUGGGGUGUCAGGAGCAAUGUCGUGUGCCCUGGACCGUAUCCGAGUGGUAUGACGAAUCAUAUCGAGGGGGUAUAUGGGACCAGCCAGGUUCCACAGGGCAGGAAGGGCAAUAUUCACGAUGUCGCUGGGAUUUUCUUGUUUUUGAUGGGCAAGGGAGGCGCUUAUAUCAAUGGCUCUGUGCAGCUUACGGAUGGAGGAAGGACGAGUGUAUGGCCCGCUACAUUUUAG